AUGACAGGAUUGCUGCAGUCGGACACCGAAUCCUUAGUGUCACCUGCUAGCCGAAUCAAGCAGUCUCGCUACUUCACGUUUUCUACUAAAGACGAUAAUGCCAUUCACACUGAAAAAUGGCUGCAUGAUUCAAAGUGUUCCCUAGACACGGCUUCCUUCUGGUCGCGUCUCCUCUAUUCAUUUGCUAACCCAAUGAUGAGUGCUGGCAAUGAACGUCAACUUAACUUCGACGACCUGUGGGAACUGGAAGGCGAAAACUGCUCGGCCAUUGCCUUUCACGACUUUGAAAAGCACUAUGAACGUCACAAUUAA